AAAGCUUUACAUAAAUUGUGCGCAACAAAGUUUAGAGACCACAGUUUGGGAAGGUAAGAGAUCUUGAGACGAGGACGACUCUACAAAGCUACAGGAACACGUGUGAAGAAAGCUGCGAGACAUGAAGGGCAGGAUUUCUGUCCUCUUGUUUCUCACAGCGCUGUGUUCUAUUGCACAAUGCAGCUUUAAAAAGUACCACUUCAUCGAUGAAUUGUCCUGGUUGAAUGCCCAGACUUACUGCAGAAAACUGUACACUGAUCUGGCCACCGUCUCUGACAUGGAAGACAUGAACCAGCUGUUGCAGACAGCCAAGGACUCCAUGGAAGAAUUUGGAGAUCUGGCCUGGAUCGGGCUGAACUUCAAAAACUGGACGUGGUCAUUUUCAGACGAAGACAAUGAAAGCUUCUACAGGAACUGGGAUGAGCGUCAGCCUGACAACUUUGGCGGGGACCAGAUGUGUGUGAAGAUGUCGGAAGGAGGGUUGUGGGAGGACGAGCAGUGCUCCCUGAGGAACUCCUUCAUCUGCUAUGAUGGAACAGGCGAUCAGCGUUUCAUUUGGUAUGAACAAGAGUUGACCUGGGAUGACGCUCAGCUUUAA